AUGUCGCUGGAGGACCCAUUUUUCGUCGUGAAAGGGGAGGUGCAGAAGGCCACGGCGCGUGCACGUAGCCUUUUUGACAGAUGGGAGGAGUUACUGCAGGAUGGAACUCAGGUGAGUCGUGAUGAGUUGGAUUGGAGCACCAAUGAGCUGCGCAACUGUCUGCGGGCCAUCGACUGGGACUUGGAGGACCUUAGCGAAACCAUCAGUAUUGUCGAGUCAAACCCAGGAAAGUUCCGCCUGGGAGAUGAGGAGCUUCAGGAAAGGAGGGACUUUGUGGAGAGAACUCGAAAAUCUGUGCAGGAGAUGAAGGAUCAAUUGUCAAGUCCAUCAGCUGUGGCUCAGGCAGAGAAAAAAAACAAACAGGCGCUACUGGCUUCGUCUGUUUCGGACCGCUCGACGCAACUAGAUGCCCACCUAGUUUCCGCCAAUUCCAGAUACAUUCAAGAGCAGCAGGAGCAACAGCAGCUGAUCAUGCAGGAGCAGGACGAUCAUCUGGAGCUUGUGUCAGGAAGCAUUCGGGUUCUUAAAGACAUGUCUGGACGUAUCGGGGAUGAACUUGACGAGCAGGCCGUCAUUUUGGGGGACUUCGCUGAGGAAAUGGACCAGACGUCGUCCCGUAUGGACUCUGUGCUCAAGAAGCUUGAGAAAGUCUCUCACAUGACAAGCAGUCGGCGUCAGUGGUGCGCCAUCGCCGUGCUGGUUGCCAUUUUGAUCGUCGUCCUUAUCCUCUUCUUCGCCCUCUGA